AUGGAAACAAGACUUCCUUUCAACACAUGCAUGAGAAAUCUAGAUAUUGAUAGAAACCCGUCAACUAAAAGACGUAAAUUUGUUGAUUCGAGGAACUCACUGAGGAUUUUUUUUUUGUCCUUAUUAUCAUGCAGGAAAUCAUCUCGAAUAAACACCACUCUUGCAGUUAAUGGUUUGACACCAUUGCUAAUAUCGAGACUUGACCAUCCAGAUGCUAUAGCUCGCCUGAAUUUGCUUAAAUUAAUUAAGGCUGUUUAUGAGCACCAUCCUCGUCCAAAGCAACUGAUCGUGGAGAAUGAUUUGCCUCAGAAGCUUCAAAAUUUGAUCGAGGAGCGAAGAGAUGGGCAGAGUUCUGGUGGCCAAGUUCUGGUAAAACAAAUGGCUACUUCAUUACUCAAAGCACUUCAUAUCAACACGGUCUUGUAAAUUCGUGCUUUGUCCUAGUUUACUUGUUUGUUGACAUAUGCUUCUUAAUUUUGAUUUAUUGUUUCCGUUUUCUUGAAAUCAACAUUGAAGUGUAAAUCAUUUUCAAGUUGUCGAGCCCCUAUGUUUGGAAUUGUAGCUGUCUUUAAGCUAUAUUUAUAUUAACAUGUAUGUUUUGUGAAUGUAAACUAAUUUUAUCUUUUUUUGCUCCUAGUAUCAAUUA